CACUUUCUCCUGUGACAUCUUUGGUUGAACAUCAAUCAAUAAUGUGCAUAAAAAGAGCACGGUCGCCUAACUAUCACAGAGCUGCGACCGUCCACCCACGGAUAAACACCUUUCUACAGAAACGUACUGUUAUUUCACUCUACUUCUCAACAUGGCAAAGGUAGCCGUACUCCUGUUGUUCCUGGUUGUUACCAUGGCGAUGUUGGAGGACACGUCUGCAGGACGAAGAGGAAACGGUAGGCGGCGAGGCGGCAGAAAACCGCUAGAGUGCGCUUCUGACCUGAAGGACAGGCAGAAGUGGCGGAAGCUGGGCGGAGCUGUUAUGAAGUCCGCUCACCUGAAGGCGCUGGCACAGGCUAAGCUAGCGGACACGGAGGUCACCUGCCCCGUGGCCAACUCCAGUGUUAUAGCGACGUGGCCAAACCUGAACGAACGGGCAACUGCGCCAUGGGACUAUGUCAUAGACCACGAUCCGAACAGGUUUCCAUCUAGUAAGUAAAUACCUUAACCAACAAGUCUUGUCUUUUUUUCAUCCAAAAAGUUAGGUUUGUGUGUUAGUUUUUUUUACUCCCGUGAUAGUGGAGGUAUUGUUUUCAGUCCGCUAGUUUGUAUUUUCGGAGUUGUAACUGUAGAAACUCUGGAUGGAAUGUGAUGAUAUGAACGCGACGGCUAAUGUUGAUUUUGGCCUCCU